UAUGUGACCCGGGCCAGAGAGAUACCAGCCCCCACUCUGCACCAGAGCCAGCAGCAAAGAGCUUUUCCCAAAGAGAGAGAUGUCAUCGGAGAGCCGGCGACAUUCGCGGCCAGCGCACGACAAUUAAAAGUCCGCAAAGAUGCAGCCGCGGGAUUGCUGGGCACAGAAACCGCCUCGCUCACGUGAAAAACAAUACUUUGGACAGGAUUCUGCUGGUUGGGCCUCAAUUGAAACUCUGCUUGCCCUGGAUGGAAACACAAAGGAGCAUCAAGAGAGCUUGGAAGAGUAUUGCAGUGGGGGAUACCAUCCAAUAAAAAUAGGAGACAUUUUUAAACGGCAAUACCAAGUGCUGCGGAAACUUGGCUGGGGUUACUUUUCCACUGUGUGGCUUUGCCAGGACCUGCAAAAUAACACGUUUGUUGCUGUGAAAGUGUGCAAAAGUGGCACUGGAUUUACUCAGGCUGCACAAGAUGAGAUCACACUCCUCAGAUGUGCUCAUGGAGCUAACCGGAACCAUCCAUACAGUCAACGUAUUGUGAACUUGCUGGAUGAAUUUAAAGUUGCUGGAAUCAACGGAAUCCAUACGUGCCUGGUGUUUGGACUAUGGGGGCGCGAUCUGCAUUUCUGGAUGUUGAAUUCACAGCAACUUGGUCUUCCAAUCUUCUGGGCCAAGGCAAUCAUUCAACAGGUUCUUCAGGGAUUAGACUACCUACACAGCAAGUGUAAGAUAAUACACACUGAUAUUAAACCAGAAAACAUUCUCCUGAAUGUCAGAGAACAAUGCCUGAGUCCUCAAGGAUGGAGCAAUGUAGGUGGACGCCAAAGGGAGUGCAUACAAGACAGUUUUCCUUGUGACAAUCCCCACUUCAAGCACUCUAUGUCCGGUAGAGAAGAACAAAUAAAGGUGAAAAUUGCAGACUUUGGCAGUUCCUGCUGGGUGUACAAGCAUUUUUCUGAUGAGAUCCAGACCCGGCAGUACCGUUCCCUGGAGGUUCUCAUUGGAGCUGGCUACAACACUGCAGCAGAUAUCUGGAGUACAGCCUGCAUGGCAUUUGAACUGGUGACAGGGAAUCCCUUGUUUGAACCCCGGGUUGGUAAAAACAUCUCACUUGAGGAAGAUCAUCUCGCUCAUAUCAUACAAUUACUGGGGAAAAUUCCAGUGAAAGUGGCGCUCUCUGGGAGAUACUCCAAGGAAUACUUCAACCAGCAUGGGGACCUCAAGAGGGUCACAGUGCUGCGCCCCUGGUGCCUGUAUGACGUCCUGUUGGAGAAAUACAACUGGCCCCUGGAGGAGGCUGCCUUGUUUGCCGGUUUCUUACUACAGAUGCUGGAAUUCGUUCCAGCGAGGCGGGCGACGGCAGCCCAGUGCUUGCAACACCCAUGGCUUACAUCCUGAUACUCUUGGAGGAUUUUGGCAAAUGUUAUCAUUAGUCUGUUAUGCAAUUUCAACAGCAGGGGUGCAGUCAUUUGGCAGGGCAUGGAGUGCAGGCUGCCAUGCUUUACUAGGUUGCCCUGUGCUUUUGCUAGCUUGUCUUAGUGUUAACUUGAAACUGAUUCCACUUAUUUUAUUUAGAGGACUUUUGAUUUAGCUUGUUUCAGUCUGCCAAUAGAGACCUCUAGUCUUCAGGAUAAGAAUGCUGACUGUGAAUGAAUGACACGUGCAUCGUCAUUUCUCUCACGCGGAAUGAGUGUGGCGUAAUUCUCUCAUACAUUUAGAGCAAAGUAUUUAACUGGGCGCAUUUAGGAAGUGCCUGAAAAUACAAGAGAGGCCUUCUCCUUCUUUACGUAUUGUGUGGUUGAUCAAACAGACCUGCAGGGUCACAGUGGCUGAAGUUUUAAUUGAAACUAAUCUGGCAAUGAGAUGCUAAGUCAUGUCUGAAAAUGAAGACCAUGCCUAAUUGGACUUCUAAGGCAUGGAGAUUUUUGCUUUUAUAUUUAUUAUUUGAAAAAAAAGUUGGCACCGAUUUCUUUUUGAGAUCACUGCUCUGGCUUUACUGUCUUCUGUUUGAGUCAGGCGUGUGCGUUCUAAGACUCCAUCAUGUUUGCAUUUCAAAAUAGAUGUACAGCACAUUCCUAUUUUUGGAAAUGAAAAAAGCAUUCCUAGGUGUGAUGUGAUGACAUGAUGACCGCUUAGCGUCCUAUCGACUCUACACAUUUUGAUACUAGUUGGGGUUACAACCUCUGAAGACUGUCUGUUUGUCAGUCUCACAGAGCCCAAUCACACCUUAGAUGGCUGCUUGUUGAAUCCCAGCCUCCUAACAGCAGCGUCCCUGUCUGUCAUCAAGCUGGGGCUGCUGGGGCUGCUGGGGCAGAGAGCUAUGCCAUGUCACGCUAAGCAGACAAUGUGAACAAAAAUGAAGGGGCAGACCAGUGGCAUAGCUAGCGGCGGGCGGAGGGGGUGGUCUGCCCUGGGCGGCACAUUUUUGGGGGCGGCAUUAUUGGCCAGAAGGCUCAGUACAAUAUCACUCAUGAAAGUAAAAAGUACAAUUCUCUGAUUUUUAUCCACAAAUGCUUCAAAAAUAAUUUUCAGAAUGUCCUUCUGUGACGACAUCAGACA